UCUCGUCUCGUCUCGUCCCGUCGUUUCGUCGGGCAGCCGUCAGAAUCGGGCAGGCGUCGCGACGCGGCGUCGCAGUCGGGGGCGCCGCUCGACGAGGAUCGAAUAAGGACGGCGGUCCGCGACGUUAUCGCGCAAACGCCGGGCGUCCCGACGCCUCUGCCCCUCGCGCGGCACGCCGGCGUCGUCGCCGCCGUCGAAACCCCACCCCGUGCGACGACGUCGGUGCACGCGGGGGCCAACCCCUCUAUCCUGGCAUGCCGACGUCCGCCCCUGGCCCUGGCUGGCCAGCCCAGGAUCGUACUAUUACGCCGACGGGGAGCAGCUUCCCUCGCGGGCAACUUGUCUGCCGUGCAACGGCCGACAUUAUCCGCGGCUCGGCCCGUGGCGCGCACGAUUUUCCCUCGCCGCACCGCGCCGCACCGAAACAAACCAGAUAUUCCGCGCGUUUCCGCUCGCUUUCCACCGGGUCGGCGCUCGCGCGGCGGAAAACCGGCGUCUUCCGGUGCCGCGAGUGAAUCCGCUCGGCGACCAGCCGCGGCAGUGUGUUGACAAGGUCCGGCGGCGCGCGCGGUUACGUGAGAACGUGCUUCCGACGCCGGCGUCCACGCAGGAGAUGGCCCGGACCAGGUGAUACCGAGACACCGGAGGGGCCUUGGAACGCUGACAGAUCGCUGUCGCUGGUUCAAGGUCGCCGGAGGGAUUCGGAUGGAAAUAGCCGGGUUCGAGGCGUAAAUUGGUUCAGCGGGGAUCGUUCGCGGCGACGGGAACAGGCGAGCGACGGCCGACGACAGGGAGCAGAGCGGAAGAGACGUCGGCAAAGCCGCUGGGAGCCGACGCCGCUUGUGUUCCAGCUGGUUAAACGAUCCACCAGAAUGUCCUGGAGGCAGGUGACGUCGCGAUGCUGAAGGAAGUCGGCUGCGGAAGCAGCACACCCCCGCCAGGGGAUGGUGCGAUCAGCAAUCGUCAGGUUACCACCGGCGAGAACAACAACACGGAGGGUGGACUGGGCUGCGGGGGUUGCGGCAGGGAGAUAGCCGAGCGAUGGUACCUAAGGGCAGCGGAUCGUGCGUGGCACUGCGGCUGUUUGCGCUGCUGCCAUUGCAGGGUCCCUUUGGCCGCCGAGCUGACGUGCUUCGCCAGGGACGGCAACAUCUACUGCAAAGAGGAUUAUUAUAGGUUAUUCGCCGUCUCGAGGUGUUCGCGUUGCCGAGCGGGAAUCUCGGCGUCGGAGCUGGUGAUGCGCGCCAGAGACCUGGUGUACCAUGUCGCCUGCUUCACGUGCGCCUCCUGCGGCACCCCGCUGAACAAAGGCGAUCAUUUCGGGCAGAGGGACGGCCUGGUUUACUGUAGACCUCACUAUGAGUUGCUCUGCUGCGCGGGGGAUUACGGGAGCGCAACCGGGAGCAUCGAGGACCUCGGCUCGCCGGGGGUGUCGCCGGUUCCGGCGUAUUACAGCGCCGCGGAGCAGAGCCCGAUCACCUCUUCCGGCACGGUGCAGAAGGGCAGGCCCAGGAAGAGGAAGCUGUCGGAAGUGACCGGGUCCGAGCUACCCGUCACCAUGCGGCUCGCUGCCGGAGCACUCGAGCUUCUCCACCCUACCGAACUGUCUUCGUCCAUGGAAUCGUUGGCCGCGUACGACGCGUCUGUCGGCUCGCCCGGCCCCGUGCACCAGAGCCAACGAACGAAGCGCAUGCGAACGAGCUUCAAGCAUCAUCAGUUGCGAACGAUGAAGAAUUAUUUUGCUAUAAAUCAGAACCCCGACGCGAAGGACCUCAAGCAACUGGCGCAAAAGACCGGGCUUUCGAAGAGGGUGCUUCAGGUCUGGUUCCAAAACGCCCGGGCGAAAUGGCGACGGAACAUGAUGAGGCAGGAGGGCAACACGGCGGCGAGCAACGUAGGGUGUCCCGGGACCCCGGUGCCCUCGAACACGGGCGGUUCGCCGAACGUGGGACCGGCAGCCAGCAUCCUAGGGGACAGCAACAGCAUGCCGUCGACCUCGAUGGAGGAGCUGCACGCUCUUCAUCACCUACAUUCCGGCGUUUCCUCCCAGGUCUCGUUCUCGGAUCUUUACUGACGACGGCUUGAGAUGGAGGAAGACAGCUACAGCAGCCUUUCCAGCCAUCUUGGAUGAAGGAUCGCCCUAGCGACUCCGAGCGUUUCUUCUUUAUUCUUUCUCCUUUCCCCUCUCCCUAUUCUUCUUCUUCUUCUUCUUCCUCUACU